AUGUCCGCCGACAACAGCCCGCCGCCACCGCCGGCCUCCCCCCGGUCUUUCUCCGCCCUCCCUCAUCACGCAGCCCCACCCACGCCGUCGCCGUCCCCCAGCCCGCCUGCCACGCUCUGCAGCCGGCUGUCCAAUGGCAGCCAGACAGCCCCCAGCCGCACAAACUCGAGAGGCUCCAUCCAUGGCGUCUCCUUCCUGCUUCAGAUUGGACUCACAAGGGAGACGGUCACCCUCGACCCCGGGGACCAUUCGCUGUCGGCUGUCAGGGAGCUCGUCUGCUCCAUUGUGGACCAGAAGUUCCCUGAAUGUGGAUUUUUUGGGAUGUAUGACAAGAUCCUGCUCUUCCGCCACGACCUGAACUCAGACAACAUCCUGCAGCGCCUGACCUCGGCGGACGAGAUCCACGAAGGUGACCUGGUUGAGGUGGUGCUCUCCGCUCUCGCCAAAGCCGAGGACUUCCAGAUCCGACCUCACACGCUGUACGUCCACUCCUACAAGGCGCCGGCAUUCUGCGAUGACUGCGGGGAGAUGCUGUGGGGGCUCGUCAGACAGGGCCUCAAAUGUGAAGGAUGUGGACUGAACUACCACAAACGGUGUGCGUUCAAGAUUCCCAACAACUGCAGUGGGGUCAGGAAGAGACGGCUGUCCAACGUCUCUCUGCCAGGCGCCGUCAUGUCUGUAGCUCGUCCACCUUCAACCGAGUUCACCCCGACGCCGCAGGAGGAGCGUCCUCUCCUGGGUGCCGGAAAGCGUAACUCUCUGCUGAGCGGUCGUCCCAUCUGGAUGGAGAAGAUGGUCCUGGGUCGGGUCAAAGUCCCUCACACCUUCUCUGUCCAUACCUACACCCGUCCCACCAUCUGCCAGUACUGCAAACGGCUGCUGAAAGGCCUCUUCCGCCAGGGGAUGCAGUGUAAAGACUGUAAAUUUAACUGCCAUAAAAGAUGCGCAGCCAAAGUACCUCGAGACUGCCUCGGGGAGGUCGACUUCAAUGGAGAACCUAUCAGUCCCAGUCCAGACUCCGAGGCGACGAUGGAGGUGGACAACUGUGAUGUCAACAGUGACGGUGGUCACAGCAUGGAUGAGCAGGACGAGCUGUCCACGCCCGAUGACAAGCUCUUCUUUAUCGAGGGUCCCUGCACGGACAGCGAGAAGGACGAUGAGACGAUCAGAGCCAUCAGCCCGUCCACCAGCAGUAACAUCCCUCUGAUGCGUGUGGUUCAGUCCAUCAAACACACCAAGAGGAAAAGCUCCACAGUGGUUAAAGAGGGCUGGAUGGUCCACUACACGAGCCGUGACAACCUGAGGAAGAGACAUUACUGGAGGCUGGACAGCAAGAGUCUGACUCUGUUUCAAAAUGAAAGCGGAGCCAAGUUUUACAAGGAGAUCCCCCUGUCCGAGAUCCUCCAGGUGGAGCCAGCGCAGGACUUCAGCAACCUCCCCCAGGGCAGCAACCCUCACUGCUUCGAGGUGAUCACGGGCAACAUGGUGUUCUACGUCGGGGAGGAUAACAACGGCCUGUACCACAACCCCGUCAUUGCGGCGUCCGGCGUGGGCCGGGAUGUGGGCCAGAGUUGGGAGAAGGCCAUCCGACAGGCGAUGAUGCCCGUCACGCCCAAAGCCAGCAUCGGCACCGGACCGGGCCAGGCGAAGGAUCACAAGGAAUUAUCAAUCAGCAUAUCAGUAUCCAACUCCCAGAUACAAGAGAAUGUGGAUAUCAGUUCAGUGUAUCAGAUCUUUGCUGACGAGGUCCUCGGCUCCGGACAGUUUGGGAUCGUCUACGGAGGUAAACACAGAAAGACGGGCAGGGACGUGGCGAUCAAAAUCAUCGACAAAAUGAGGUUUCCCACCAAACAGGAGAGCCAGCUGAGGAACGAGGUCGCCAUCCUCCAGAACCUCCAUCACCCAGGCAUCGUAAACCUGGAGUGCAUGUUCGAGACACCUGAGCAGGUGUUCGUCAUCAUGGAGAAGCUCCACGGCGACAUGUUGGAGAUGAUUUUAUCGAGCGAGAGGAGUCGACUGCCCGAACGCCUCACCAAGUUCCUGGUCACGCAGAUCCUGGUGGCCCUCAGACAUCUUCACUUCAAGAACAUUGUGCACUGUGAUCUGAAGCCUGAGAACGUCCUCCUGGCCUCAGCAGAACCCUUCCCUCAGGUGAAACUCUGCGACUUCGGCUUCGCUCGUAUCAUCGGUGAGAAGUCGUUCCGUCGCUCAGUCGUCGGCACGCCAGCAUAUCUGGCUCCAGAGGUGCUUCGCAGCAAAGGCUACAACCGAUCUCUGGACAUGUGGUCAGUCGGCGUCAUCAUCUACGUCAGUCUGAGCGGGACGUUCCCCUUCAACGAAGACGAGGACAUCAACGACCAGAUCCAGAACGCCGCCUUCAUGUACCCACCCAACCCCUGGAAGGAGAUCUCAGAGGAGGCCACAGACCUCAUUAAUAACCUGCUGCAGGUGAAGAUGAGGAAGCGCUACAGCGUGGACAAAUCACUGAGUCACCCCUGGCUGCAGGACUACCAGACCUGGCUGGACCUCAGGGAGUUUGAGACGCGGCGAAGAGAGCGCUACAUCACCCACGAGAGCGACGACGCCCGCUGGGAGGAGUACGCCGACGAGAGAGGCCUGCACUACCCCAAACACUUCAUCAUGUCUCCCAACCUGGACGACAUGGAGGAGGACCCCUAGAGGCCGAGGAGGGUAAACGCCUCCAACGAGGAGGCAGCAGAACUGAGAAGUUCAUCAGCGUGACGAUCUGGAGUCCAUGGAGACUGUCACCGUGGAGACCGGGAGCUUUCCCCGAAGGUGGCAUGGGAUUACAUGUCCGCUGACCAUCAGGACGUGGUGCUCAGACAGCUGUGAGGACACUGUGAUGAUAAUUCAGGUCCAGACAAUUAACAUUUUUCCCAUUUUUUUUAAAAACAACCUGUGAGCCAAAAUCUCUUUUUUCCCCCAGGAUUCAACUCAAAAUGUCUGCACUGCCAGUCAAGUCGCAGAAGGGCUAAAUUAAAAAAAAAAGAAUAAAAAAAAAAAAAAAACUUUUUCACCCAAACAGAAUAUUUUUAUGAAGUCGUCGUUGCAUUUUAGAUGUUAUAAAGCUGUCCAGAUGUGGUAUUUUCUUAAAGUCGUCCUGUGUGAAGCUAACUGGAACCCAGAAGAAACAAAACAUGCCUCGCUGAUGUUUGAUUAUGAUGUUCAUUUUUUCUUUGUUAAUUGUUGGGAUGUUUUUGCACUAUUGGGAAACUCUUAAGGAGAAUUUCACUGAUAAUACCUUUUUUUGUCCGUUCAUCUGCGAAAGUAAACUUUAUUGCUUCAUGAGAUCUGAGUUGAAGAACAGAGCUGCAGGUUUAUCUCUUGUACAGUGUUCAGACUGUUUGUCACGUUUCAGAGGUAAUUUUAAAUCUUUGACUUGUAAUUUUUAGAAGGAAAAGUCAGAAAAUCACCAUCACAUUCAAACUAAGAAUGAACAAUUGUAUGUUGUCUUUGUCAUGUUAAAGCCUAAAAAGCCAGAAAAACUGUUAAAAAUGAUGUCUUACAACUCAGGACUCAAACUCUUUUUAUAAAGCAGACAUCAGGCUGCGGCAUGGAAUAUUUUUGCAGACAAACAUAUUAUUGAGUUAAUUCAAGAGUGAUUUCUUCUAAAACUUUGGAUGAAGACGAGCUGAGAAUCGAGCUGCUAUUGUCUCUUUGUCUUUCUGUGGAAGCUGCCUGAGAAAAGACUGACGCUGGUCCUGAGAAUUUAUUUCAUGCGUUUUAUAUUUUUGCAAGAAAUGUCGUGUCAUGUUUGUGACUUUGAUGGAAAAAUAUUAAAGCCAAAUGGUUUACCUUG